CUCAAUUACAAGCCCAGGUAUGCCAUCCGCUAGGACUUCAAGGGUCUUUUACCGCUUGAAUUCACCGUCACAGUCCACUACUUCUCUAUCAGAGAAUGAAGAUGACGAUAUAAACAAGUCUUUGUUUUUUGGUGGUCCAGUUUCCUCUGUUGUAUCACCCGCUCAAUGGGCUUCUCGCCUACAUCACUCCGCAGAUGGAGGAAUCCAUUCAUCACACUCUCCUAUGGCCCAAAUUCCCCCAGAGGUCCUCAUUCAUAUUCUCAAACACCUACACACUCCCAGAGAUCUCUAUCAUUCACUGUUAGUUUCGCGCUCAUGGUGCGAAUGCUCCGUCGAGCUUCUGUGGCACCGCCCUGCCUUCACAAGACUUUCUACCCUCGUAAAAAUGAUGAGGGUACUUAGUAGAGGCGACCAGACUUUUACUUACAGUCGAUUCAUUCGCCGUCUCAACUUCCUCUUCCUCGGUGCCGACCUUACCGACGCCCUAUUCUGCCGCUUAGCGCAGUGCGACCACCUGGAGCGCUUGACCCUCGUGAAUUGCAACUCUAUCUCCGAAGAUGCCCUUCUUCGCGUACUGCCUUGCCUCCCAAACCUGGUCGCUAUUGAUCUAUCGGGAGUCGUUGAAACUUCUGAUCAAAUCAUCAUCGGCCUGGCAUCAGCCGCCAGGCGCCUACAAGGCAUCAAUCUCGCAGGAUGUAGAAAGGUCACCGACGCUGGCGUUUAUGCGCUAGCUUCUAGCUGUCCCCUUCUCCGUCGCGUCAAACUCAGUGGCGUUGAUCAAGUCACAGACGGUCCUGUGUCAGCUCUUGCCAAGUCCUGCCCCCUCCUUUUGGAGAUUGACUUGAAUAAUUGCAAACACAUUACAGACAUCUCUGUCCGUGACAUAUGGACCUACUCUACGCAUAUGCGUGAAAUGAGGUUGUCCCAGUGCGUCGAGCUCACCGAUGCCGCUUUCCCGGCGCCAGUCAAGCCUCAGGUGACCCCGCGAAACAACCCUUUCCCAGCCGCCCCCCUGAGUCAGGAUGAAGGGCUUCCACCUUUAGUGAUCCCAAGGCCCUUGGAUCAUCUUCGUAUGCUCGAUCUGACGGGGUGCGCGCUUAUCACGGACGACGCUGUAGACGGGAUUAUUUCCCAUGCCUCAAAAAUUCGGAACCUUGUUCUCUCGAAAUGCAUCCAAUUGACGGAUAGGACUGUAGAGAAUAUUUGUGUUCUUGGAAAGCAUCUACACUACUUGCAUCUCGGGCAUGCAGCCAACAUCACGGACCGCUCGAUUAAGACGCUUGCACGGUGCUGCACCCGCUUGCGUUAUGUUGACUUUGCAAACUGCGUUCUUCUCACUGACAUGUCCGUCUUCGAACUCUCCAGCUUACCCAAGCUCAGAAGAAUUGGUCUUGUGCGCGUCAGCAAUCUGACAGACGAAGCAAUAUACGCUCUCGCUGAGCGACACAGCACUCUAGAACGUAUUCAUCUUUCCUACUGUGAUCAAAUAUCGGUCAUGGCUGUCCACUUCCUAUUGCAAAAGCUCCACAAGCUCACUCAUCUGAGCUUGACGGGUAUCCCUUCUUUCAGAAAACCCGAAUUACAGCAGUUCUGUCGUCAACCUCCACAGGAGUUCAAUAUGAGCCAAAGGAUGGCCUUUUGUGUCUACUCGGGCAGCGGCGUUGCUAAACUGAGAAGCUUCUUGACAGACUUAUUUAAUACGAUCACGGAAGAUAUGAACGCUGAUGAUGAUGAAACGGAGUACGACGACGACUUUGACGAAGAAUUCGUUGAAGGUGCUAUGGAUGCUGAUAUGGAGCGUGGAAUGGAUGGUGAUGUUGACGAAGACUUCAUGCACGAUGGAAGAUAUAACUUCCACCACACGCCUCAGCCAGCUUCCUCCACGCUCCGCAUGCAUCAUCACCCAGAAAUCAUCACUCCUAUCUCGCAGCACCCCGAGCUUACGAUGCAGCGCGAUAUGACCUUGCGACCAGGUCAUGUCUCCAUUGCCUCAUCUCCAGCCGUUUUCUCUGUUAACAGUCAACCGCCGCCUGUGUCAUACGCUCUUAAUCCGCAACCUGUAUCGGGGUCGUCCAAUCCCGUUAUGAGACGUCCUCGCUUUGGUUAUCAGCCCGUCAUUGAAAUUUCCACUUCCCCGCCUCAGAGCGACGUCGCAUCCAAUCGCAAGCCAUCAUCAUCUUCUGGUAGAAGUAAUGGCGCUCUAACCCCCGAUUACAACUUUGCGGAGAUAGGUCAUGGCCGGGGUGCAGAGCAUGAUAAUAUUGACCACAUCGGUCCACCACCUCAUCAGUUGGCAAGACACAGCUUUACCUCAACAGCGUCAUUCAAUGCCGCUGCGGGGCCUUCGGCCCAGGGCAUCACCCAAGUGAUGCACUCUGCGAAUUUUGAUUUUCGCCACGGGCAGAACCCCGAACGUCAUGCUUUGAUGAUAGAACAAGCGAAGAUGACUAACAACUACUAUCUUACCCCCUCCACCGGAUCUUCCGACCGCCUCGUGCCAUGGCCACCCAUGCGCACUGAGCCCUUGUACGACAUCCCUUCGCACAACAGCCAUGAGUUACAAGAAUCCGUUCAGGCUACUCUCGGCCCUCCGACAGACCCCCGUGACACUGAAGGAAGAGGCAGGAGCGUCCGGAGAAGCCUUCGAAAUACCUUCCACGCUGCUGAGCAUUUUUUCUUCGGCCGCGGCUCGACUUCGGGUGGGCAGGUCCCUGAGUCAAAUAUCCCAAACCCCUGGGCCCCAGGAAAUGUAAAUAGCACCAGCGAUGCAGCUGGGAAUGGCGGUCAGCCUCGCUAA